AUGACACGAGGCCAGCUCAAUACUACCGAGGAGGCGGAGAUCCCUGACGUCUUCCCUAACAUCUUCUCCAUGACGGUCAGACAGCUCGAGAACGUCGCGGCGCCCCUGGGCAUAGUUACCCAGAAGAUCGGCAACAGCCCCUACAAGGCGGAACUGAUCGCACGCAUCUUCAUGCACUGGGCUGAGCUCGAGCCAGGCACCCAAACAAGAUACCUCGGCACCGUCAUCAUGCUCUGCAAGGGAACUCAGAAAGAGAUGCUGGACUACGCCAACGACAACGAAGUCCCCGAGCAUCCACACCCACAGCUCAAGGAGCACAAGAGCGGCACCAUGCAGCGCAUCCUAGAGCACAUCCGGCUAGUCGAGGAAGAUGCCGAGAGCACACUGAGCAGAACGUCGCGAGGCACCAGAUCGCGUGGGGGACUCCGCCGUAUACGCCGCCACAACAAGCGGAACUCGACCGCAUCUCUGUCACAGGAUUCUCGAUUUUCAACAGACAGGGACGCAAACCAAGCCAAAGUGCUGGAGGCGCUGGGCGCAUUCGUCCAGUCUCUCGCCGUUCUUCUGCCCAGUGCAGACCGCCGCAACAGGCACCGCCGAGGCAGGGGCCGUCCGGAGACACCAGUCUCAGAGAUCUCGACGUCAUCCUCUCUCAUACUUGUCCGCGAGCUAGAGAACGAGCUCGACGAAUGGGAGGGCGACAUCUACGGCGUCCAGCGGCGCCAGGUGACAGAGGCCGAUCGUUUUGACAGGAUCAGAGAGAUCUUCCAGGAGCUCCUCAGAGACGACACCGCUUAG